AUGGCUGAACGGACUGCCAUAUCUGUUUAUUGCUGGUGUGAUCAGCUACAUCGGAUCCUUUGCGUCGCACCAGUCUUCGAGAUGAACCGCGUUCUUGACUUUAGCAGGCCGUCGGAGGUAUUCCGCGCCGCCCUCAGAUUCUUCAGCACGGUCGUCACCGUGGUGCUCAAUUUCGCAUUGGUUAGGUCAUACGUGAAGGAGGCACGCUCGUGCGCAAGGCGCCUCGACGAGUCGCUCACCAUCGCGUCGCGCAUCGCGGGUGCGCUCGGGGACUUCGACCUCGACGCGGCGGACGCGCUGAUACGCGCGUGCGACUGCGCCCAGUCCCCUGUCGUCGAGCCGCUGGCCCGCCUGCACGGCAGCCUGCGGGGUUACCGGCCGUUCCUGCCAAAUUACCUGUUCCCCCAGGUCGUGGUGGACGGCGACCCCACCAGCGACCGCGCGCUCGCGUGGGCCAUGCGCGGCCAGCGCACCUCGUGGGAGCACGUCGCGUCGGCCGUGGGGCGGAUGCGGGACCCGGACUACUCGCUGAAG